GUGGAACUACCUGGUGGCCCAGAGUUUUGUAUUUGCCAUUGAGGAGAUCAACAGGGAUGCCCGCCUGCUGCCCAACCUCACGCUGGGCUUCUCCAUCUGGAGCUCUGGGGACUCUGUGCACGGAGCCCUCCGUGAGAUGAUGGGCUUUCUCACGGGGCAAGAGGAGCCGAUUCCGAACUACACGUGUCAGCUCAGCAUUCCCCGCGUUGCGCUGGUUGGAGACACUCGGUCAGUCUUGUCUGUUGCUAUGGCCAGGCUUCUGGGGCUCUACAAAUUUCCCCAGGUCAGUUACACAUCCACUCUGGCCAGCCUCAGUGACAAGACCCAAUUUCCAUCCUUCCUUCGGACCCUGGCCAGUGAUGUUAUGUUCUCCCACGCAGUUGCCCAGCUGGUGAUCCACUUCCGCUGGUCCUGGGUGAACAUUCUGGCACAGGAUGAUGACUUUGGGCAGCAGGGCAGCUCUCUGGUGACCCAGGAGUUAACCCAGGCUGGCAUCUGCAUCGAGUUCCACCUCUACAUUCCCUUCAGACAGUCCUUGGAGAAGAUCAAUGCCAUUGUCCAGAAGAUGGAGAGCUGCACUGCUACUGUUGUUCUGGUUUUCCUGAGCAACUCGAAUUUCCAGCUCGUUCUGCAGGGUUUGCUGGGCCGUGGUGUCUUUGGCAAGGUCUGGGCCAGUCAAAGCACUUUGCACACAGCGCUUGCUCUGACCAUGCCAGGCAUCUCCCAGGUCCUACAGAGCACAUUCAGCCUUCUGCAGCACAGCAUCCAGGUCCCCGGCUUUCCCGAGUUCCUUGCUCACCUGCACCCCACCUGGACCCCAGAAGACCCAUUUAUAGAAAGGUUCUGGGAGAGCACCUUUGGAUGCACAUGGCCACACAGGAACCUGGAAUCAGCAGGGAACAGCACAGUGUCAGGGAAGGUUCAGUUCUGCUCAGGGAAUGAGAGUCUGAGAGGCCAGGUGUAUCCCUUCCAGGAAGUGAGUAAAGUGGACACAGCAUACACAGCAGUCUACAGCAUCGCGCAUGCCCUGCAGGACCUAGUGGCCUGUGAGAAUGGGGAUGGGGAGUGUGCAGACACUUGGCACUUGCAGCCCUGGCAGCUUCUUCUUUCCCUCAGGGAUGUGAAUUUCAAGACCCUUGAUGGGAGAGAGAUUAUGUUUGAUGCCAAUGGAGAUUUAGUUACAGAAUUUGACAUACUUUAUGGGCAGAAGACCACCGAAGGCCUAUUCCACUUUGUCCACAUAGGAAUAAUUCAUCCUGGAGCCUCUUCAAAGGAUAGAAUGACAGUCCACUUGAUGAAGGAGGAUCUCCAGGUCCCCAGCUCUGUCUGCAGCAGGAGUUGUGCUCCAGGAUUCAGCCAGAUCCCCCAACAAGGAUUCCCCCACUGUUGUUUUGAGUGCAGUUUCUGCCCGGAAGGACAGUUUGCAGACCAAAUAGACAUGAAGAGAUGUCUUCUGUGCCCUGAGGAGCAGUACUCAAGCCCCACCAGAGACCACUGCCUGCCUAGGAUGGAGACCUUCUUGGCCUUUGACGAGCCCCUGGGACUCACCCUAGCCUCCAUGGCACUCAUACUGGCUGGCCUGGUGCUGCUGGUCUUUGGGGUGUUUCUGAAGCACCGGGACACACCUGUGGUCAGGGCCAACAACAGAGCUCUCAGCUACAUCCUUCUUGCCUCACUGACCCUCUGUGCCCUUUGUCCUUUGCUCUUCCUUGGUCGUCCCACUGCUGCCACCUGCCUUCUCCGCCAAACUACCUUUGCUGUCAUGUUCACUAUGGCUAUCUCCUCCAUCCUGGCCAAGACCAUCACUGUGGUCCUGGCCUUCAGGGUCACCAGGCCAGGAGACAGGGUCUGGGUGUGCCUGCGACCUGGUGCCUCCACCUUGGUGGUUCUUGUUGCCUCCUUCAUACAGAUUGUUCUCUGUGGGGUCUGGCUGGGCAUCUCCCCCCCAUUCCCAGACAGGGAUAUAUCCUCCAAGCCCCACCACAUUGUCAUCUAUUGCCAGGAAGGCUCUGGCGUUGCUUUCUACUGCAUGCUGGGCUACCUGAGCAUUCUGGCUGUGGGCACUUUCUCCGUGGCCUUCCUGGCCAGGGGUCUGCCUAAUGCCUUCAAUGAGACCAAGUUCAUCACCUUCAGCAUGCUGCUAUUCUGCAGUGUCUGGACGGCCUUUCUGCCCCUGUACCACAGUGCACGGGGCAAGUCCACCGUGGCUGUAGAGAUCUUCUCUAUCUUGGCCUCCACUGCAGGGCUGCUGGGUGGCAUCUUUGUCCCCAAGUGUUAUAUCAUCCUGCUGAAGCCUGAGCAGAACACCCUGGUCAGGUUAAGGAGAGGACACCAGGCUCAGCUGGAAAGGCAGAGCAAGGAAUAUCCGAGAGGACGUCUCCCCAGACCUCAGCCACAAACGCUCAUACUGGCUGGCCUGGUGCUGCUGGUCUUUGGGGUGUUUCUGAAGCACCGGGACACACCCGUGGUCAGGGCCAACAACAGAGCUCUCAGCUACAUCCUUCUCACCUCAUUGACCCUCUGUGCCCUUUGUCCUUUGCUCUUCCUCAGUCGUCCCACUGCUGCCACCUGCCUUCUCCGCCAAACUACCUUUGCUGUCGUGUUCACUGUGGCUAUCUCCUCCAUCCUGGCCAAGACCCUCACAGUCGUCCUGGCCUUCAGGGUCACCAGGCCAGGAGACAGGGUCCGGGUGUGCCUGCGACCUGGUGCCUCCACCUUGGUGGUUCUUGUUGCCUCCUUCAUACAGAUUGUUCUCUGUGGGGUCUGGCUGGGCAUCUCCCCCCCAUUCCCAGACAGGGACAUGUCCUCCAAGUCCCACCACAUUGUCAUCUAUUGCCAGGAAGGCUCUGGCAUUGCCUUCUACUGCAUGCUGGGCUACCUGAGCAUUCUGGCUGUGGGCACUUUCUCCGUGGCCUUCCUGGCCAGGGGUCUGCCUGAUGCCUUCAAUGAGACCAAGUUCGUCACCUUCAGCAUGCUGCUAUUCUGCAGUGUCUGGACAGCCUUUCUGCCCCUGUACCACAGUGCACGGGGCAAGUCCACCGUGGCUGUAGAGAUCUUCUCUAUCUUGGCCUCCACUGCAGGGCUGCUGGGUGGCAUCUUUGUCCCCAAGUGUUAUAUCAUCCUGCUGAAGCCUGAGCAGAACACCCUGGUCAGGUUAAGGAGAGGACACCAGGCUCAGCUGGAAAGGCAGAGCAAGGAAUGUCAGAGAGGACGUCUCCCCAGACCUCAGCCACAAGCCUCAUGA